AUGCCUUUUCUUAAUGCGGAGCCGUUGGACCCGUCUUCCUACGUGUUCAUUCUGUCCGGGCUAACGCUCAUUGGCACGUUCAUCAGCCUCAUCCUGUAUGGUGUCGUCUUGAUGCAGACGUAUUCAUAUCAUGUGACCUACAAAGAUGACAAGGCGUGGCAGAAGGCCUAUGUAUGGACGUUAUUCGUCGUGGGCACGGUGAACAUCGGGCUGGACAUGGCGCACAUCUACGACCAUCUGGUCAACAAAUUCGGCCCUUUGACAACCGGCAUUAUAGGGUCCAUGGUCCAGUUAUUUCUCGGUCGUCGAAUCUGGAUCCUCACCAACAGUCUCUGGGUAUUCAUCACGAUCGUGGCGCUGGCCGCCAUAGAAUGCAUUGCUGCAAUGGCCACAAGCGUGGCAAUGUUCUGCACGCCCGACAUCCUGCUCACAUCUCGCAUCCAGUCGACCGUCAUCAUCUGGCUGAUCGCAACGACCAUCGACGAUACGCUGAUCACGGUCAUCCUCGUGACAUUCCUGAAGCGGCACAAGACCGGGUCUCCCCCGACGGACGACAUCAUCGACAAGAUCAUUCGACUCGCCAUCCAGACGGGCCUCGUCACGGCUCUGUGGGCCGUCGCAGACAUUGUCUUGUACAUCACCUUUGUGCGUCCCUCUCCCUCUCCUGUCCCUGUAACGCCCCCUCAGCCCAUCUCUGACUGGGUCCUGCAUCGUCGUUUUACUAGCCAACUGCGUAGUGACUACAUCGUCUUCGGCUACCCCUUGGCGGAGCUGUACAUGAUCUCCCUCCUCUCGAGCCUGAACUCCCGGAAAGGCUGGACGUCCUCUGUCGAGUCCACCAGAUACAUAGGCGGGAUCAGCCGCCCCCGCACCAUCGAGUUUUGCGACAGGAGCGCAGUGAGAGACGUGGGUCGCCCGCCCUAUCUCAUACCAUUCAUCGUUCCUGAUCUUUUUGCCCGUCUUAGAGCGAAAUCGUGCCCCGCGACGCAGCAACAGUAA